GGAGAGCAAAACCAAUCAAGAACCAAAAAAAAAAAAAAGAAAGAAAAACUCAAGAAAGACAGACAGCGAUGGACAAGAAACCAAUCUGGCUAACCGACGAACUAUCCCAGGAAUGGGUCAACCUAUCAUCAUCAGCAGAACAGGAACAACGAACCUCAAAACACUCUUCGCUUCGACUGAACUCCCAAUCUCGUAUCCCAGUCCUCAAGAAGUACUCAUCCACUUCAUCAUUCAAUUCACUCCUUAAACAGAACCAGUCAAACUCAAACUCAGUUGAACAACAAAAACAACAACCAAAUAACCAACAAGAUCAAUCUCACUCUUCCUCAGUCAAACAAUCCUCAGAUAACUCGAUCAUCCUCAACAGCCAACAGCGAUCAUCAGACGAAACAACUCCACCCUGGCUAAGAGCUGCAGUCGAUGGAAUGGUUAAUGAUGUUCUAGGCAAACGACCAACCCAACUACAAAAAAUAUUCCAAACCUCUCAACCAGCACAGCCCAUCCAUACCACUUCAUCUGAAUCAGUCCCUCCUAUUCAAAACCCAUCCGAUCACAAUCGCCCAAAGCCCGGAUCUAUCUCUAGAGAUAACAUGCCUCUCCAUGCGCAAGGAUCGAUCGGACGCGUCUCGAAUGAUUCGAUUCGUUCCUUAUCGAUCGAUCAGUCAUCAUCUUUCCUCCCAAACGAUCCAUUCGGCCUUUCGCUCUCCCGGUCAAGCUCUAGCUCACAUUAUGAAGAUUUGAUAUCCAAUCCUUCCUUUCAAUCUAUCAUAGACCAUCAAGACGAACGAGAACAAGAGGAACAAGUAGAUGAAGACGACAUGGAAGUCUUGGAAGACGACCAACCACAGAUGCUCAUCCCACCAGGCUGUCAUAUGGAACGACUAAGAUUCGUUAGGGACGAUCGUCUGGAUGAAAUCAUUGAAGAGACUGAGCCAUCAAGUUCAGUCCAGACCGAUUGGAAAAAUACUAAUUCACAACCUUCAGUCGCAAACUCAAGAUCACUUGCUAGCUCCUCAAGACCGCCUUCUCUUCCGUUUGCCCAUCGAACACCUGUCCUGGAUGUCCACAAUCGUCUCUAUCGAGUCAAUUCAGAAUCCUCUCAUGAGCAAAAAACUGACAACCCUCCUCGAGAGCGUCCAUCUGAUCUACCGGAAAAUCAAUCCCUUGACAAUUCAGACCUCUCGACUGGUCCCAGGCGAUUUCGAUUUACCUAUGAUACCUUCACUCGCAAACAUCUUAACAAAUUAACCGAGGAAAUCAAAGGAUUAUCUACCAACUCUGUUCAUCCAGGUAAGAUUGAUGCCCCAUUGAAGAUCAAGAGUAUCCUUGGUUCACCUGGUGAAGAAGUCACCGAUAGUAGCACUAGCAUCGGAUUAGCCCAUUCUACUCCACCCGCGAUCGUCUUCUCAUCAGGAACAAACAAACAACGCACCUUCGAUGCUGGUCGAACUCCUUAUCGACCACUAACGAGUCAUAGUCAGAGAUGGAAGGAAGAGAAGGAGUGGGCCGAAAGCUUCGUCGAACCCAGCUCUUACGCAGUCAAUAGUCUCUCGCCAGUCGUUGGGCGAAAAUCUUAUCAAGGUCCACGAAUGUCGCGUCGAGAAUGCGAGGCAGAAUGCUUGGAAGAUUCUGUCAACUCAGUCUACCAAAAUGCACGGCAAUCCUGCCGAAGCAGUAAACGAAUCCGACUUGAAUCUGCUCAAUCCAGUUUUGAGACCUGUCAUAAGAACCUGAGGGACUCCGUCACGGUGCUUAACGAGCGGAAGUCUAAGCGACGUCCAGCAGCUUUCACUCGGGCACAUCCCAUGGUUGUCUUCAAAAGCAGUGUUUCCGCAAGCGCUGCCUCUGCUACUCCACACGAAAAGAGCCGCGCCGCACCUGUGGUCGUUCGCGAUCGACUCGCCGAGGCUAAGGCGCUGAUGGAUCGGAUACGCGCCAAAACUAGUGGCGGCCAAGAGGUUGAAUCGACCCAUCCUCCCCCACAUAUCCACCAAAAAUCAUCUCGCGAACAGUUCGGCGGUUCAUCUAAACAAACUACGCGUCCUUUGAACCCGACUUGUUCUCAGAUUCAUGACCGUGAAGCUUCAGAAUCAUUCUCCGUAUCGGUAGAUGAUCAGCAUCAACAAGCUGAACCACGAGAUUUCUCCGGAACAUCUGAGCAAGAUCCCUCACCAAUGCCCGUCGGACACAGACAACGCAACGAAGAACAUGACGAAGAUAAUGAUCCUGAUCAACAGUACAAUCCCGUUGAUUACCGUCAACGUACCAAUUCAGAAGCAGACUUGGACUGGGAUAUAUCAAUUGAAGAAGGUACACGAGAUGAACGUGAGGCUGCUGCGGCAGAACAAGAUCAAGAUCAAGAAAAUCGAGAGCAGACAGCAGAAGAAAAUCAAGAGGAUUUUGAAGAAUCUCCCAAUCACCCAAAUCAAUUGGGGUCUAAUGGUGGAUUGAAUUCAGUCCAUCGGCGGUUGGCGACUACUGCUGCUGCUUUUCUUCGGCAAACACUUGGCGAUAAUCACAGCAAUCAUCAAGUUGUGGCGGAGAAGCCCAAUCAAGCCUAUGGGACCUCUAGUGCUCUCACAUCAUCCAAUUUGGCUAGUACCACAGGCUCCAGACGUCAAUUCGCGACUCAACCUGUUUCUCGAGAGCCAAUCGGUCGUGUCACCGUCGAUGUACGGAAUCAGUUUACAAGUUCUAAUCGUAUCAGCUCCGUCUCGACUGCCGCCUGCACGACGACAUCUGCCCCGACGCCUGCACUCACAACAGGUACCACAACCCGUCAUAGUAGCUCCAGUUCACACAGUCAGCGGCAAGGAAUUGAAGGUGACCCGAAGCAUCCACACCACCAGAAGUUGGGGCUGAUGACCAUUGCACCCGGAGACGUCGAACAACUGUUGCAAAACGCACGGGUAGGGAAGAUGGUCUUUGAUUCGACCAUUGGAAAGUGGGUGAAGGUCCGUAGUCAAUCGGAGACCGGCGGUCUCCUCAACGGCAAGGUAGUCGAAGAAGAACAGAAGAACCCGAACACUCUCGGUCAGUUUGGAAGCGAAGAAGAAGAGUCUAGUGAAGAAGAUGAUAUAUUCAAAGAUAUUGAAAGUUUGAAUAGCAAACGGGGAAGUGAUUCAUCUGGAUCUAAGUUGAUGGCUGGGGGAAUACAUGAUGAUACGCAAACAUCUGUAGCACAAGGUCUGAGUAAUGACCAAGAUUGCGCUGAAAAUGAACGAGAUGUGGCCCUGAAGAACAAUGUUGAGGCUGAUCAAGGCGUCACACGGAAUUCGAUUAACAAGAAGAAAAAAGGUUUGGCCGGUAGGAGCGAAAAAUUUCUGCCAAAAUCGGUGUUGAAGAUUGUCAAUGAAUGCAGUCCUAAUAAGACCAAUGCUAGCACGAUUUCAUCGUCAACCGAUGAUUCUAACGCAGUUACUGGAGUCUUAAAGCCAAGUCGAUCGGUUAGCUUCCAGGACGGUCGGAAAAACGGAAAGAUAGUUGGCUUGACGCAAGGAAAUGACGACCAAGAAGAAGGUUCAGAAGAAAGGACAUUCAAGAAUGACCACCCACGGCCACGUCGAGAGAGCGCCAAGGAAGAGCCUCUCAGGAGAAGUAAGAAAGAUGUCCAGGGAGAAGAGAAGGAGAAUAAGCAGAAUCAUGUUGGCUCAUCUGAUUCGGAGAAUGAAGAUGAUAAUACUAGUCUUCAUCAAACCUCAAAAAUCUUGAUGAACUCGAUCAAGAAAAGAGUACGACGAAAGUCAUCGUCGACGUCCAACACGACGGCCAGCCAAUCUAAUUCAUCCACAAUGGCCACUCCUCAAGCCCGACCAUCUCGACACAAGAGUAGCAGCAACAAUAAUCUUAGCAUGACUACGACUACAAGUCAUUCCAAUAACUUAAUUGAGGAGUACUCGUUCGAGUUGAACUACUCCAAGCUGAUUAAGAUCAUCACCGAUUUUGAGCCCUUCGAACCCUUCUGGAACUCGAUCAAGGUUAUCAAUCUGGCCGGCAAAUCUAUCGAUUCGGUCAUCAGAUUGAACGAGAUUUUGCCCGCUUUGGAUCAAAUUGAUUUGAGCUCAAACCAAUUGAAUUACUUGAGUGGCUUACCGUCUUCCUUGAGGAUGUUGAUCGCUCAAAAAAACCAGAUCAACGAGUUGUGUUGUUUCAGUCAUCUGCAGAAUUUGGAAAAGUUGGAUUUGAGUCAGAAUUCUAUGACUUCAUUGGAACAAUUGUCUUGUUUGAAACAUUUGAGAGAGCUGAAAGUCGAUGAUAAUUUGAUCGAGGACGUGUCUGGUUUAUAUUCAGUUGACAGUUUGAUUAAGCUAAGCUUAAAAGGCAAUCGGAUCAAGAAGAUCAAUUUUGAAUGCGCCCACUGGGAUAAUUUGGAGGUCUUGAAUCUGGAUCGCAAUCAGAUUAGUGAAGUGACUGGUCUACAUCACCUGAGAGCGGUCUAUCUACUGAAUCUAGAUCGAAAUCAAUUGUACUCGUUGACGAUCGACGAGCCUAUGCCGAAGUUGAGAGUGUUGAGGGUGAACGAGAACCGAUUGGAGUCAUUAGAGAUCUCGAAAAUGGUCAACCUCAGGACUUUGUACAUUGAUAAUAACGAUUUGAUGGAAAUCACCGGAGCCAGUCAAUUGAGAAAGCUAGAGAACUUGAGCGUCAGAGAUCAACGGGGCGGUGAAUUGUCAUUAACAUUGAAACAAGUUCGAGAUGUCAAGAGGAUUUAUUUAGGAGGAAAUCCCUUACCAGCCGCCUUUCCGACUUGCCAGUUUUAUAACUUACUAUACCUCGAAUUGGCCAUGUGUCAAUGUCAAAGCCUGCCGGCCGACCUUGCUAAUUUAAUUCCGAACAUCCGGACCUUAAAUUUGAAUUACAAUUUCUUGAAGGAUCUAAGUCCGUUGAAGAAUCUCCGACGACUAGAGCGUCUCACAAUUGUUGGCUCGCGAGUCAAGACACUGGAUCGUGGAUUGUUGAGCGUUUUGGAGAGCUUACCGGAACUUGAGCUGCUCGAUCUGCGGCAGAACCCACUCUGUUCAUCCUUCUACCCGCCCCUCCUACUCUCCUCCACUCCCUCGUCUGCCGUUGCCAGUGGGAGCACUGAUAGAUAUGGCGACACUGCCCCUCAUCUCAAUCAGUACCAGAUCGUGAACAAAGACCAUGAAGAUGAUUGGCAUUCGAUCGACGACCGGUUCCGCAAAUCGUUGCCCAACGAGUUCUAUCUCAAGCGGAUGACCUAUCGCUCCAUCAUCCUCCAAACCUGCAACUCUCAACACCAACAAGAGCCGCAACAUCAUUCAAAGUUGAAAUGGUUGGAUGGGAUUAAGAUCACCGAACUCGAACGGAAAAAACUCCAGAAAUUCCUCCGAGGCAUCAGUCGAAAACUGGACCCGAAUCGGGAGCAACACCAGAGUCUGGUGGUCGAUGAUCCAGGACGAUCGGUCGAUCUUGUUCGGACCAACCAGAAUAGUCGGCAUCUUCUGUCCAAGACCAGCCAUGAUACCAAUCUUCCGAAACCAAACUCUCGAAAGAACCCCCCUCCUCCACAUCCGCCAGCCCUUCAUCAUCGACAGUAUGAUGACCAGAGCAGUGCCAGUGCUGCCAGUCUUCAUCGACACCAUACCCAUCAUCAUCAUCACCUGGGCUCGACUACUACUUAUGAGGACUCUAAUAGCGUUGGCUUGGUCGAUCGUAGUCGCUAUUGAUCUUCUUGGAUCUUUCAACCAGUACCCCAUUCCUUAUUAGCGUAUGCCUUGCCCUCUUAGUUUUUUUUUCUUGUUUGUCAAGGUCAGAUCAUCCAUUUAUACCUGCUCUACAAAGACUGUACAAAAACAACGUCUUCUUGAAGAAUACACAUCCCUUAAUCAUACAUUACAUUCUCUCACAGAGCCGUAUAGGUCAUUGUAGUUUUAUUUCUCUUGGUCGUUGUUUUAGUUCCUUAAUAAUUGCUUGGUGAUUCCAUCCUCCUGCUUUGUUCCUUAAUCUUGAGUCUUGGCUCUUGGUCUUGAUACUCUAUUUUGUUUUGCUUUAUACAAUAUCUCAAUACUUUGUUACCUACAUAUUUGGCCCAUGGUUCUUUUUGUGCCUGGUUAGUUAGUUUGUUGUACUCCUUUCACUUUGUUGUUGUUUCCCUUGCUGUUCUUGUUGUUCUUCUUAGUUCCCUUUGGUCAGAAAUCUCAAGCCUUUUCUUCAAGUAUGUUGUUUAUUUUUUCAUAUUAUUAGUGAGACUACACAAGCUGGAGCUGGUCGAGUAAAAAAAAAACAGAAGUAUAUCUAGUUGUGUCAGUUUCCUUCAAUGCGCCCACGUAAGCGCAAGAACCCCCUCUCACAAGACGAGCUGUCAGUAGCCAAUGUUCACUCAAACAGCCGUGAGCUUGAAUACAUGUCAACUGAAACAAUUUUCCUCAGAUGCAAUUCAAGGUAGGUGAAUAUAUACAAAGACUUGAGAUAGAACGCAUGUGAGGAUUUAGGGGAUUUCUUUGUCAAAC